AUAAUACUUUAUGAUUAUAGUUGUCACCCGACGUUCUGAGGGGAAACAAGUGAAAAUUGCUGUUUGCCAAGUGAUUUGUAGAUCAGAUUUGGAAACAGAAUGUCUGGGGGAGUGCUAGCUGGAAAAGUGGCCCUGGUAACAGGUGCCGGCUCGGGAAUCGGUCGAGCCACCUGCCGCAUUUUGGCCAGAGAUGGAGCCAAAGUGAUAGCCGCGGAUCGCAAUCUCCAGGCUGCCCAGGAAACCGCCCAGGAACUGGGCCCGGAUCGUUCCGUCGCCCUCGAGGUGGACGUCUCCUCCGCCCAGAGUGUCCAGUCCUCGGUGGCCGAGGCCCUCAAGAAGUUCCAGCAGGCCCCCACCAUUGUGGUCAACUCGGCCGGGAUCACCCGCGAUGGCUAUCUCCUGAAGAUGCCCGAGAAGGACUACGACGACGUGUACGGGGUCAAUCUGAAGGGCACCUUCCUGGUGACCCAGGCCUUCGCCAAGGCCAUGAUCGAGCAGAAGCUGCCGAACGGCAGCAUUGUGAACCUCUCGAGCAUCGUGGCCAAGAUGAACAACGUGGGCCAGGCCAACUAUGCGGCCACCAAGGCGGGCGUCAUCUCCUUCACGGAGGUGGCCUCCAAGGAGUUCGGCAAGUUCGGCAUCCGGGUGAACUGCAUCCUGCCGGGCUACAUAGACACGCCCAUGGUGGCGGUGGUGCCGGACUUCGUCAAACAGGAGGUGGUGCAGCGCUGUCCACUGGGCCGACUGGGCCAGCCGGAGGAGAUAGCCGAGGUCAUCGCCUUCCUGGCCUCCCCGCAGUCGUCCUACAUCAAUGGAGCCGCCAUCGAGGUCACCGGGGGUCUCAAGUGAUCGGGAAACUAGAAAUGCAUACACGCGAUUCCUCUUCUAUAGCUCGAAGUUCCCUUAUAUAAAUACAGGUGAAAUCACUUCAAAAUACAGCUGGAGCUCCGAGCUAUGAAAGAUGGAUUGUAUGUACUGCGGGGGUGGGGCCCAUAACACUGCAUUUACUUUUAAAUAUACGUAGCAAUUUUAA